GGAAUAACCUACAUCAUUUUUACAUCCUUACAGACUAAAAAUAUAGCUAAAUUAGCUUUGCUAACUGAUACUUUUUUAUUUAAAGUUUUAUCAAUAUGUGGCAUUAGCUAGAUUUUCUUAAAUAACUUUGUAUAGCCACUAAAUAUUUAAAAACAAAAUAUACAAAUAUUUUUUAAAUUUAGGACGCGAUAUAAUGUUAGUUGCAUACCUUAUGACGCCAUAGGUAAAAUUUUCUAUUUACUUUCUAGGAUGUUCCAAAUUUUACUCUGAGGUUCCAAAACAUUCUCGAUCUCUCUCAAUUUUUCUAGAACUAAAGGAAAAUGGAAGAUAACCUCAACUUUUCUGGAAUUAUUUAUUUAUUUACAAUAUUUAAUUGUUAAAAAUAAUAAAAUAUUAUUGUUACGUAGAUAGCGUACAUAAGUUGAAAAUUAAAUAAUAAUAUUCUUUCGAAAUGACUGAAGUAUUUAACGAUUUUGUCCCAACUAGAGCUUCCUUAUUAAAAGGCAAGCCGGUAAAUGAUUAUCAAGAGGUGUCCUUUACCAGUUAUAAAUCAAAGGGCAAAAAGGAAUCAACAAAAAUGGACUCGGAGGAUAAUAUACUGAAGAAUGAUUUAGAUGUUAAAAAAGUGAAGCAUGAGAUUGUAAAACUUAGUAUAGAAGGCCUUAACCCACUGAAAAAGGAAGAAGCCAAAAUACAACUUGCUAUUAAAUUAGGAGCAAAACCACCAAAAAAUAAAUAUAAAAAUUACAAAGAAUUAAUAAAGGAAAGGAAAGAGCACAAAGAGAAAAUAAAAAAACAAGAAAGUUUUCAGCAAUUAGGAAAAAACGCAAUAGGUAAAUCGACAGCUAAAGGGAAGAGCUUCGACAAAAAAAGAAAAAAGGAAGGCAUUUUAGAUGUAUAUGGUAAAGUUUCCAAAGAUGUUAAAAUAUCGAAGUUUAAUAAAAGAUGAUUUAAAUAAAA